AGAAGCUAAGCUCGCAGACGUGAGGCUCUCACGGGACUCAAUCUCUCUCCUUACAGCGUGUAGGAGGCGGAGUGAUUAUCUAUCAGGUGUCAGGUGAUGCAGACGAACGGCGACUGCGCUGCUGCACCUGAGUCGACUGGUGCUCCGGAGGUGACCACCGAAAACGAUGGAGUGCAGACCAUCGAAACCGGUCCGUCACACAGAACAGAACACCACAGCAAGCCAUCCACGACACGACCAAGGCACCGCAUGCAAUGCAGCGCAUCAGAUCAGAUUCCCUGACCUCGUGUGUUGGUGUCCGUCUGGUUGCGUGCGUUGUGUUGCAGGUCCUCGGGGCGAGAUGCUCCUCAAGAUCCGGACUGACGACGGCGCGGCGGACGAGAUGGCCCGCACCCUCUCGCCCUUCGCCGAGCAGUUCCCCUCGUCGACGACUACGGAGGAUCUGUUGAUAGUCAUCAAGGUGGGCACAUCGACGCUGCUCGACUCGCGCAAGAACCGCCUGUCGCUCGCCAACGUGGGCCGACUGGUCGAACUCAUAUGCGACCUGCGACUCAAGGGGUUUCAGGUGAGGGAGGGAUGGAUGCAUGGAUUGAUGGAAUGACAGACAGGUGAUCUAUCUGAUCGAGGCUCUAUCGGCUCUCUGGGCGUGGCGUCUGCUCUGCAGGUGGUGUUGGUGUCAUCGGGUGCUGUGGGGCUUGGGUGCCAUCACAUGCGCAUGAGUCGGCCGUCAACAGUCAUCGGCAAGCAGGCUGCAGCCGCCAUCGGCCAGGGCAGGCUCAUGGUACGGACGGACGGACGGACAGACAUCUGGAUGGAUGGAUGGAUGGGCAGUGUGGAUUGCAUUCUGAUUCAUUCUGUGGUGAGUGUGUGUCGUCCAUCAGCGGAUGUACGACGACGCCUUUGCGUACCACAACCAGAAGGUGGCGCAGCUGCUGCUGGCGAGGCAGUGGUUCCUCGAGAAGGAGAACUACGCCCAGUUCCAGGCCACACUAUUCGGUCAGCCCAGCCACCAGUCAGCCAGGUCUCGCGCACGGAAACAUGCAAUAAGGCAGACAGACAGGUGACGGACGGUUGCUGUGCUGUGUGUGGCUUGUCUAUCGUCAGAGUUGCUGCGUAUGGGUGUGGUGCCGAUUGUCAAUGAGAACGACGCAUUCACAAACGACCAGAUCCGAUUCGGCGUGAGUGCAGGAGAGGAGGGAGCAUCGCGUCUGACUGAUCUGUGUGCAGAAUCAGAUCUGAUGUGACAUGCCUGUGUCUGUCUGUCUGUCUGCCUGUCUGUGUGACUGAUUGUGUGUCAGGACAACGACACCCUGGCUGCCUAUCUUGCCGUCACCAUAUCGGCACACUGGUGGGUGAGCUGGGAAUUCUCACUUGCGCAUGACCCAACGAGUGAUUUGUCCUUAUGUUGUGUUAGGUUGUUUCUGCUUACUGACGUGGACUGCCUGUACACGGCCAACCCCCGCAGCCACAGCGACGCCAAGCCCAUCCCCUAUGUGGAGAACAUCGACGACCUCCACCGACUCAUGACGCAGGACGACAACGCCGGCACGGCAUUCGGCACCGGCGGCAUGCGCACCAAGAUCCUGGCCGCCCGCAUUGCUGUCGCCACCGGCAUACACACGGGGCUCUGCAACGGACAAGAGCCCCAGUAGGGAACGCACGCACGAGCUGGCUGGCUGGCUGGCUGGAUGGAUGGAUGGAUCUUUCUUUCUGUUGCUCUGCAUGAUACACAGGCGGAUUCUGGACAUGUUGGAUUUCGCCGAGGCCCGGGCCCGCCCCCCUUCGCCCCCUUACCUGAUGCUUGAGAACAAAGGCGACCAGCAGCAGCAGCAGCAGCAGUUGGAGCUGCCCGAGUUCCGGCUGCAGGUCAAUGGGGAGGACGUCAGCACUCCGCAACAGAGAGACCACACCGACCCGACUGAACAGGUAGGUGAGACACAGAGAGAGAGGGAGAGCAACCAACACGCACACCCACACCCACACACACACACCCUUGUAUGUGAGUGCAGAUGUACCCCAAGUUCCACAUCGAGGCCUCCGGUGCCUUCCCGGCCCUCUCCGCCUCCCCCUGCCCCUCCCCCGCCCCUCAGGUCAACGGCUACGGCCCGACCGCUGCUGCCGACUAUGGAGAAGGUGAGGAUGGUCUGCCUGAUGAGGAAGACGAGUCGCCUCAGCGUCGGUUGCGGCUGCGGCUGCUGACCUCACCCACCAGCCUGCAGCGCAACUACCCCUUCAUGGGCACCAUCUUCAGGGCAGCCGAAUGCAGCCAGUCUAUACGCCUCAGCAGGAGAUGGAUACUCACUCUCCCGGUGAGCUGGGCAGACACGCAGACAGGGGGAAGGGGGACAGCUGGAGGGAGGGAUGGAGGGCCUUUGUGUGGGUUGUGUCGUGUGUGGGUCAGGUGUCUGGUACGAUUUACAUUGAUGACGGUGCGGCCAAGGCGGUGCUGCUGCAGCACAAGUCGCUCCUCGCUGUGGGGGUCCAAAAAGUGGAGGUGUGCGCGUCUGUCUGUCUGCACACGUAGACGGCCGGCUGCAAGUGUGUGUGUGUGUGGAUGCAUUGCAUGCCUGUUCUAUACUGUCCAUCAAUCAGGGUCGGUUCAUAUCGAUGGAGUCGGUGGCGCUGCGGCGGUACGAUGCGCCAGAGCUCGAGGGCGACCUGGCCAGAUGCCUCACCAACUUUUCGGUACGUCCGUUGGUCGGUUCGGCAUACACAGACAGCACAGGUGUGUGUGUGUCAACUCAACCAUGUCUGUCGGUCUCCAUGUGUGUGUGGUUAGAGUGAGGAGCUGGACAAGAUCAAGGGCCUGAAGUCUGAGCACCACGCAGAGGUACUGGGGUACAGUUGCGGACCGGAGGUCGCAUUCAGAGACGACAUCAUAUUCGUAAGCAUGGCACACAAACACGCCGAGGUGCGUGGUACAUGACGCUUGUAUGUGUGAUGGAUGGUGUGUUGGUCACUAUCAGAUGAACGUUGAUCCGGUAGAGGAGAUCGACCAGGGCGAGACGAGCAUAACGGUGCCAACCAGCGUGUCGUCGCCAGCCGUCACCGAGGACAUCCAGCACCACCACUCGCCCACGGAUAACUUGAAACUCAUCGCAGCGGCCAAGACGGGCCGGGAGUGA